AUGGAUCAUAAAAUAAAUAUCUUUUUAUAUAUUUGUAAAAAGGAGAGAGAUGUAAAAGCCAAAAAAGGUAUACAAAAAAAACUUAUACCUACAAUAAAUAAAUUUAAUAAAAAGAUUAUUAUAAAAUAUGUUUUAUAUGACUGUAAGAAUAAAACUUAUAUGAUAAAAAAAAAAUGGAAAGUACAUUACAUUUUAAAUAAAACCAAGAAAAAGAUUAAAAAAAAGAAAAAGGAAAAAAAAAUUAAAAAUUUAAUAUAUGAUGAAAUGAUAUAUAAUAAAAAUAAUUUUAAAAAUGUGCAUAAAGUAGAUAAUGACAAUGUUCAUCUUAGUAAUAACAAUUUAUCUUUUAAUAAAAAAGAUGGAUUCCCUAAAUCAAGUUAUAAAAUCUUGUUGCAAGCUAUUGGGAAAAAUAUUAAAAAAUUUAGAAAUAGUACUAUAAUAAAUACAGGGGUAGACACGAACAAGCAGGAAAAGAAUGUCUUCUUCUAUGGUUUCAUGUUUACAAAAUACUACAACAAAUAUAAGAGAGAAAAUGGAUUAGUCGUUGAAAAAUGCAAUUUUUUUAAAGAAGACAAAAGAAUAAAGAAAACAUGCGAGGUUCAUAAGAAAUAUCAAUAUUUUACUGAUACGUCUUAUAAGGAAUAUAAAAAUAGUGUAUAUAUAGAUGAGUGUAUGAGAAGAAAAAAAGGUUUAAUAUUUGAUAUAUAUGAUUAUAUAAUGAAAAUGGGAUAUAAAUUUAUAAAAAUAUAUCUAUCUUCCUGGUUAUACAUAAAUGAACGAAUUAUCGACUUAGGAGGGAAGAAUAAAAUAAAAGGAAAGAAAAAGCAAAUAACAAAAAAAAUAAGAAGAUAUAACAAGGUCACGUUUUGCCAUCGAUGUUUUAUCAAAAAAACGUUUGAUUAUAAAAAUCUGAGAUAUCCCCAAUGUUGUAAUAAUUUACCAUCUAAGGAGAAAAUAAGAACAAAGGAUAAUUUAAGAAAUAGUAUAAAAAGGAUAAUAAAAAAAUUUAUUAAAUAUAUUAAUAAUAAUAUAUUAUAUAAAAGAGAUAUAUUUAAUAUAUGCUUUAUUUUUCAAUAUAUGAUUUUAACAAAUGAGAAGAAAAAAGUUUUUGUCUACUUAAUUAAUUUCCCUUUUUGUAAUAUAUAUAAAGAUAAUAUAUUUAAUAAUAAUAAUAAUGAGAAAUGCUUACUAUUUUUAUUCCACAAGAGAAUUUUAAAGUAUCUAAAAUGUAUUAAUGAUUAUACAACAUUUUUAUUUCCUUUUAAUAAUUCUAAGGCUUGUCAAGAGGGUUUAAAUUUAAAAAAGAAAAUGAUAUCUUUUAUAAAGCAUAUAAAAGAAAAAUCAUUGAAAAAUUGCAAAAGAGAAAAAUGGAAGGGAACAAAAUAUAAAAAAGUUAAACUAAGGAAUAUGAAUUUCUAUGUUAAUAUGGUUAAGAAAAGAGAAGAAAGAAAGUAUAAUUAUGCAAGUGAUAAUUACAUGAAUAAAAAUAAUAUAUUAGAUGAAAAAGAAAAAAAAAAGAAUCAUAUGAUAUAUCAUAAAAAGGAUAUUAUUUUCCAUACGCAUAUGUUUGAAUUAUUCGUUCGACUUAUAUUUGAAAACUCGAGAACGUAUUUUACCAUUUUUAUAAACGAACAAACAUAUGAUAAUGAAUUAUAUAAAAGUAUAUACUACUUAAAUUUAUGUAAAAUGAUAGACACAAAAAUAUAUUUAAAAGGUAGAACAAUGAUGGUUACAAGGGUGCAGAAUAGUAUAAAGAAUACAAGUAAAAAUAGAAAAAAUAAUAAAAAUGAAAACAAUGAUAAGGAUGAUAAUAAUAAUAAUAACAAUAAUAAUAACAAUAAUAAUAACAACAAUAAUAACAAUAAUAACAAUAAUAAUAACAAUAAUAAGAAUAAUAACAUUUUAAUGUGCGAAGAACCAAAUGAUGUGAUAGACAAACUUCUAAGACAAAACGAUAUAUACAAAAAUGAAAUUCAAGAAAAAGAUAAAAUUCUAUUAAAUCUACAAAAUGAUAUACAAAAGAAAAAUAAAACAUUAGAAGAACUAGGAGAAGAAAUUCAGAAAUAUAAAAAUGACAAUUUAGAUAAUAUGAAAAUUAUACAAUCAUUAAAAUAUAAAAUAACUAGAAAAGAUAUUCAUAAGAAUGAUAAUAGUACGACCGAAGCAGGACAAAAGAAUAAUAAUUAUUUAAUAAAAUUAUAUAAUGAAAAUAAUAUUUUAAAGGAAAAACUUAAAAAAUUAAAUAGCUCUAGUAAACAGCAAGACAACUCUACAAAAUUGAUGAUAAAAAUGGAACAUAAAAAAGAAGAAGAGAAUCAAAGUAACCUAAUUAACAGCACAGAUAAAAAAGAUGAUGAUCAAAUGGGGAAAAUAAAUUUUUUUAUGAAAGCCUUUUUAGAUGCUGAACAAAAAUUAUAUAUAGCUGAUGUUGUAAUAAAUACUCAAAAGGAAAUAAUGACAAAAAUGAAAAAGGAUAGAAACAACUAUUUGGAGCACAUCAAAGCGAAAAAAAUAAUUUUUAAGAAAGAAUUGGAAAAGUCAUUAGAUUUUAUCUUUUCUUUAUGUGAAGACAUAGGAUCCAAAAAAGAAAAGAUAUGCAUCACCAAUAGGAUGAAGAAUUUACAAGAUUGCAUAUAUGAUUUUUUAAGAGAAUUUGAAGGAAGUUAUUGA